GUAAUUGCCAGAAGAGAGAGAGAGAGAAACUCGUGCCGGUGAUGUUUAGCAUCUAGUCUCAGAAAAGCUGUGCUGGGGGAAAAGAAAGGGAAAAAAAAAGAAAACACUCCCCCCGCCUUUCAAUCUGAUGCCUCAAAGUUUGCUCUCUGAGCAGCUUAUUAACAAUGGGCUGAACUGAAAGGGUGAUUUGUCAAGGUGGGAAGCACUGACUUGCUCUAGCCAUUCACAAAGAGAGUUUCUGAGUGAGGAGGAACCCCUGUGAUUUCUUUUCAUCAUCCCUGUGCUCAUGUGAAGACUAUCCUGAUUUUUAAGAACGCAAGUUAAAUAAAAAAGAAAGAAAGGGGGGAGAAAAAGGACUCUGGCAGCAGCAAGGAAGCACUUCCCCAUCUCUGUCAAAAGUGUUUUAGACGAAUCCUGAAUUUAGCUGCUGCGCUGAAGCAGACUGUGAGGCUCGCAGGCUGUGGUGCUCAUCCAGCUUAUCUUGUGGACUAUUGGAUUGUGAACAGUAUUUCAAGAUUUUUCUCUUGCUCCAUCAUCUUUAAAGGUGGACAUUAUGCUAUCAACAGUCCAAGUUUUGAUAUGGUUCCCUGAUCUGGAAGUAUAACCUACUAUGAAUCAGAUGACACUUGGGAUUUUACAGGAGAGCAGCAUUAUUCUUAUACUUAACUUUCUGAAGGCCUACAGUACUACAAGGCUUAAGAUGAUUAUUGGAAUGCACUGACUGGAAACAUUAACCAUGAGUGAAAAGAAGAUUUCAUUUCAAAGUGCUGCAUCUCAAAGAUGGACAGUCCUGAAGAAUCAUGUCAACAUCACCCUGAAGAUCUGGUCUUAAACAAGAGCCUUGACAGAAUGGUAGACUGCAUCAGCAAAGUCAUGCUUCACACGGCUAUAUCAUGCUGGCAACCGUUCUUGGGACUGGCCCUUGUGGUGAUCUGCAUUGGCUCCGCCAUUGGAUGCCCUGCCCGCUGUGACUGCUCAGCACAGAGCAAGUCCGUCAUUUGCCAUCGGAAACGCCUCAUGGUGAUCCCUGAGGGUAUUCCCAUUGAGACCAAGAUCCUUGACCUCAGCAAGAACAAGCUGAAAAGUGUUAACCCGGAUGACUUUGCCUCUUACCCUCUUCUGGAGGAACUGGACCUCAGCGAUAACAUCAUUGGGAAUGUGGAGCCUGGGGCCUUCAACACCCUGUACAACAUGCGUUCCCUCAGUCUCAAGAGCAACCGGAUCAAGCUGAUCCCCCUGGGUGUCUUUACUGGAUUAUCUAAUUUAACUCUCUUGGAUAUCAGUGACAACAAAAUAGUUAUCUUGCUAGAUUACAUGUUUCAGCAUUUACAUAACCUGAAGUCUUUGGAAGUGGGCGACAAUGACCUGGUGUACAUUUCUCAUCGGGCCUUUAGUGGGCUACUCAGCUUGGAGCACCUGACCUUGGAGAGGUGUAACCUGACUGCUGUGCCCACAGAAGCUCUCUCACACCUAUACAACCUGGUCAGCCUCAGUCUGCGUUACCUCAGCAUCAACACUCUGCAUGCCUACUCUUUUAAGAAGCUAUUUCGUCUGAGGCACCUAGAGAUUGAUAAUUGGCCAAUGUUGGAUAUGUUCCCUGCAAACACCUUACACAGCCUGAAUCUCACCACACUGUCUGUUACUAACACCAACUUGUCUGAGGUUCCUUUUCUUGCCUUGAAGCACUUGUCGUAUCUCACACACCUCAACCUCUCUUACAACCGCAUCAGCAGUAUUGAGGCAGGCAUGUUUAUGGAUCUCAUCCAUCUGCAGGAGCUACACAUGGUUGGAGCCCAGUUAGUUACCAUUGAGCCUCAUGCCUUCCAAAAUUUGAGGUCCCUGAGAGUCCUGAAUGUUUCUCAUAACCGGCUGGACACCUUGGAAAGGAGUGUGUUCCAGGCACCUGAAAAUCUCGAGAUGCUCUGCUUGGACAACAACCCACUGGUGUGUGACUGCCGUCUCCUGUGGAUAUUGCAGAAGAGGCGUUCCCUCUCUUUUUGUGACACACAGCCUGAAUGCAUGACCCCAGAGGGCAUUCGAGGGACACCAUUCAGGGAUUUUCCGGAGACGCUUCUUUCAUACUAUGUAACAUGCACAAAGCCAAAAAUCCGUGAGAAUAAGACACAGCAGCUGUUCAUCAAUGAGGGACAGACAGCAAGAAUGUUUUGCAAUGCUGAAGGAGCACCUCGACCCUUUGUUUACUGGAUUACACCACGUAGGCGUCUGGUUACAAAUAAAUCUAAUGGGAGGGCAACAGUUCAUGACAAUGGCACACUAGAAAUAAAGGUUUCUGAGGUUCAGGAUAGUGGAACCUAUAUUUGUGUGGCCAGCAAUGCUGCUGGCAAUGACACAUAUUCUGCCUCAUUGGCAGUAAAAGGCCUUGCCAGUGACAGGUCGCUUUAUGCAAACAGGACCUCUCUGUAUUAUACAGAUACAAACAACACUUCUCCAAAUGGAACUAACGUGUACAACACGACAUUUGCCUUGGACCUAAAGACCAUUCUAGUGUCAACAGCAAUGGGCUGCUUUACGUUCCUUGGCGUGGUCUUGUUUUGCUUCCUGCUCCUUUUUGUGUGGAGCCGAGGGAAAGGCAAGCAUAAAAACAACAUUGACAUAGAGUAUAUACCCCGAAAAUCCAAUGGGGCAGUUGCAGAAGGGGCAGAGCAAAGUGGCCCCCGCCGAUUUAACAUGAAAAUGAUUUAGAGAGCAAUGUCUUUAUAUGAAAAUACUUGACACAUCUUGGAGAAUUCUAAAAGGGGUAGCCGGGUGAGAAUGGCGUUGUCUUCUACAGAAGAAAGGAGCAGUUAUGGACCUUCUGAAAUAGUAACAGUUGUAAUACAAAAAGGGUUGUGUUUGCUAUUGUACAGAGCUACGAGUAAGCCUGAUUACAGUAGUUUGGAUACUCACUAGUGGCUAAGUAACUAUCAGAGGACCUUAAAAAUAGGCAGUUUGUUGGAGUCUGUUAUCAGCAUUUCAGCAUUUUUUAUUGCCGACAGUUAAUCCUACAGUGGAGGAUUUAAUUAUAAAGACAGUUCAACCUAACAGAAAAUGUACAGUAAACUUUGUAUUUAAAGAACUAUUCCUAUUUGUUAAGUCUUGCAUCAUACUCACUGCAAAGAAGCAACAGUGAAAUGGAAUGUCUUUAGAUAUAUAUGACCUUUUAAAGCAAUAUGGAUGGGAUACUGCUUUAGAAGUUAUAAUCAAGGAUUCCCCUUGUUAAAUCAGAAAAAUUAGGCUUACUUUAUCCUCACAAUCUCAAACUGCAGCAAAUGGGAAAGGGCUUUAAUAAAUUUGCAGUAUAAUUUAUCCAGUAGGAAGAAAAUCCAUUUAAUUUUUUUUUCAUCAAAUUGGAAAACAAGGAAAUGUUAAGCAUUAUACUCUUGCUGCAAUUCAAAAAAGAAAAAAUGUUUUUGGUUAUCUGCUGAAGUAUCAAUUAGUGUAAGGGAGAUUUUAUAUCGGGUGUUAGUUCCUGGGUUUUUAAAAGUAAUGAAAUGGCAAUUAUUUUAAAGCUAAAUAAGAAUAUAGAGUAUAUACAUUUUAUCAUACUGCAAUUUACAUACUUGUUUUGAACUACCGUAUUAACCACUGUUUUUGUCCGUUCUUGUCUUUCUUUCUUCAUUCAGCUUCACCCUAAUCAGGUGAUAAUCUAUUGGUCUCAUUAAUUACGUCUCCAGUUUCUGCAGUGAGAUUACAAUCAUUUCCAGUUAGAAAUUUGGAAUUUGUUACACUCUGUGGUAGUUUCUCAUUUUUGUUGUUAAAUCAUUUAGAUUGUGAAAAAGUUCAAAGUAUGACAAAGAUGUAUGUGGAAUAAAGAAAAUCCAUUUGUAACAUGGAGUAUGUGUACAUCUAGAAUGCAUUGCAAGUAAAGCAACUAUCAACUUGA